AUGAAGAUUAUAUCAAAUAGUGUAAAUGUAAAGGGUAUAGUAAUAACAAUACUUAUACUUAUACAUGUAUUCUAUGGCUGUGUCUUUUUCUACAACUAUGGAUACUACAAGAGUGAACAAUAUAUGGCUACUGUACAACAAAAGGAUUUGGAUACAAACCUACAACAAUUACAACAACCAUCACAUCAACAACAACAACAACAAUCAUUAGAAAGAAAUAAACAACAAGAAGAAAAAGAAAGACAAGAAAGAGAAAAGGAUAAAAAGGAAGAUGAAAGAUUGAUGAAGCUGGAAGAUGAAAUUGAACAAAAGAGAAAAAGGGAUAGAGAAAAUGCUCUCAAAGAGCUGAAUAGUAUACGUCAACACAAUAUUACAAAGUAUGCCUAUAUUACCUAUGUCGAUAAUAUAAAGUAUGCUCAAGGUGUAGCCGUUCUCAAACAAUCAUUGGAAGAUGUUGGAUCAAUAUAUGAUUUUGUUGUCAUGGUUUCAAUGGAUUUUGACGCCGGUGCUAUCCAUCGUCUCCAAAAGAUUGGUGCCAUUGUAGAAACUGUCCAUCCAAUCGAUGUUCCAAAGGGUGUAAGCGUACAAACUGAACGUUGGAUGUCUGCCUUUACAAAGUUUAGAAGUUGGGAACAAAUUCAUUAUGAAAAAAUAAUGUGGUUAGAUUCAGAUUUAUUGGUAUUAAAAAAUAUUGAUGAUUUAUUUGAUGCAACAACAGAUAAUCCAUUGGAAAUAUAUUCAACGAUUGAUGCCAAUGCCAAUAGUUGUGUCUAUGAUGACAAUAGAAUUCAAUUGAUCAAUAGUGGAUUAAUGGUACUUACACCCAGUCUAAAGACCUAUAAACUAUUGUUAGAGUCUCUUGAAACGAUUGCCCAACACACCAAAGUCACCAAUGACCAAGAUGUAUUGAGCAACGCUCUUAAAUGGCAUCCACUCCAUUAUCCAGAAUUUGGUGCUCAGAUUCCACACUGUGAAUGUGGUGAUCGACGUCUUUGGGACUUUGAAAAGAUCAAAGUACUUCAUUACACUGCCGGUCUAAAGUCACUACCCAAACCAUGGGAAUACUUUAGUGACACUAACCAAGGCCUGAGUGAACCACAAACCACCAAUCCCAACAAAAUCGAAUACCAAGGUGUACCUCAAUGCGUUAAAGGGCUAUACGAUUUAUGGCAUGACAAAUACGAUGAAGAAACAUUUAAAUUGGCUCAUGGUGAAUUUAGUUUACAAGAUUGGAGUAAAACUAAAUUAAAAGAAAAAAAAUCAAAUCAAAUAAAAUAA